UUUUUUUUGAGCGGGGGGAGGGGAACCGUUCGGCGUUGCUCGUGUCUCGUUGCUGCCUCAUGGCUUUCAACUUCGGGGCGGCUGCUGGCGCCGCGGCCGCCCCAAACCCCGCGGGAUUUGGUGGGCUUGAAGCAGCAAAUUCCACUGCCACUGGGUUUAAUUUUGGGGGUUUUGGAUUAACUGCUAAUCCUGCAGUGAAUUUUAAUAUUGGGAAUUUUGGUGUCUCUACUACUUCGGCGCCACCGUUUAAUUUUGGUAACAGUCUGGCCAGCGCAGGAGCUUUUGGGGGUUUUGGGACCAGCACCACCACCGGGUCCACCUUCAAUUUCUCAACUCCUACAAAUACAGGGUUGUUUGGAGCUACCCAGAACAAAAGUUUUGGUUUCGGUACCACCUUUGGAACGGCACCGACGACAGGAACUGGGCUUGGCACCGGCUUGGGAACCGGUUUGGGAUUUGGUGGUUUCAACACUCAGCAGCAGCAACCAACACUUGGAGGUCUCUUCAGCCAGCCUGCUCAAGUCCCUGCACAGUCCAACCAGCUGAUCAACACAGCAAGCGCGCUUUCCGCCCCCACCCUCUUGGGAGAUGAGCGAGAUGCCAUUUUGGCCAAGUGGAAUCAGCUGCAGGCAUUUUGGGGCACAGGCAAAGGGUAUUUCAACAACAACAUUGCCCCGGUGGAAUUUACGCAGGAGAACCCAUUCUGCAGAUUUAAGGCCGUGGGCUACAGCUGCAUGCCCAACAACAAGGACGAAGAUGGCUUGGUGGCAUUAGUCUUCAAUAAAAAAGAAACAGAGAUUCGUGGUCAGCAGCAGCAACUGGUGGAAUCGUUGCACAAAAUCUUGGGUUCAAACCAGACGCUUACAGUCAACGUAGAAGGUGUAAAGACUAUGCCAGAUGACCAAACAGAAAUAGUGAUCUAUGUGGUUGAACGGUCGCCCAAUGGGACUUCCAGGCGGGUUCCAGCCACCACCCUGUACGCGCACUUCGAACAAGCCAACAUCAAAAACCAGUUGCAACAGAUUGGCGUGACCUUCAGCAUGGCCAGGACGGAGCUCUCUCCAGCACAGGUUAAGCAGCUGCUUCAGCAUCCUCCUGCAGGUGUUGAUCCAAUCAUUUGGGAACAAGCCAAGGUGGACAACCCCGAUCCUGAAAAGCUGAUUCCAGUCCCAAUGGUUGGCUUCAAGGAACUCUUAAGGAGGUUGAAAGUUCAAGACCAAAUGACAAAGCAGCAUCAAAGCCGGCUGGACAUAAUAUCAGAAGAUAUAAGCGAGCUUCAAAAAAACCAGACCACAACCAUGGCCAAAAUCGCUCAGUACAAGAGAAAGCUAAUGGAUCUUUCCCAUCGAACUUUGCAGGUGUUAAUCAAGCAGGAGAUCCAGAGGAAAAGCGGGUAUGCCAUCCAAGCGGACGAGGAGCAACUCCGGGUGCAGCUGGAUACGAUUCAGUGCGAACUCAAUGCCCCUACCCAGUUCAAGGGUCGGUUGAAUGAGCUGAUGUCACAGAUCAGAAUGCAGAACCACUUUGGAGCUGUCAGAUCCGAAGAGAGAUACUAUAUCGACGCAGACCUCUUACGGGAAAUCAGACAGCAUUUGAAGCAGCAGCAAGAAGGACUGAGUCACCUGAUCAGUAUUAUAAAAGAUGACCUGGAAGACACAAAGCUGAUAGAACAUGGCUUGAAUGAGAGCAUUCCAGUUAGAGGGGGCGUCUUCAGUUGAUCAAUUGGUCCUUUCCAUUGACUCUACGGGCAUAGAAAACACCUUGUUCCCCUUCACUGAAAUUCACCAGGUGGUUCUUUGGACCAUAAAUCUUAAUGAAGAUUCUGAGAGAGUGCCAGGGACUUUACCCUGAAGGUCAAAAAGGGAUAAAGGUUCUAGGAAAAAAAACACACCCUGCACUUGAUUUUUAAGGUGGAAGGAAAUUUUAGACACCGUUCUGUGAUUUAAACCUGCGUUUCUGUUACGUUCAGCUAUGUCUCAUUUUUGUUUUGUUUUUUUAAUUUUCUGAACAACACUUCCAGUGUUAAAUUAUCGGUGGGGAAAAUAACACACCUUCUCUGUAUGAGAAAGAACACAAAACAACUGGUUUAAAGGAGAAACGCACCUGUCAAUGUUUGGGAAAGAAACGCACAGGUCACAGGUUUCCCCCCCCCCCUUUGUGCUUAACAAACACAAAACUAUAAUUUUAUAUCGUUGCAUCAGAAUUUACAAUGAAAGGUAACAAAAUCUGCUUUCUUUCUGCUAUUCAGCCAUAUGCUCUUUGUAGCGGAUCGCUUGUUUUCAAGAUUACUACAGAUGGAAACUGGAUCUAGGAGUCUUAAUCUUGCCCGAUCACUAAUUAAUCCGUUGGCCUAAAUAUCCUGUGAGACUCAAAUCCCUAUCCACCACCUCCUGUUCUCAAGUAGUACAACAGAAAGCUGCAUUUGAAGCUGUGCCUGUUGCUUUAACCCAGGACUCUCCAAACCUAGCAACUUUUAAGACUUAAUGGACUUCAACUCUCAGAAUUCCUUAGGCUGCCAUGCCUUUCUGGGAGUUGAAGUCCACAAGUCUUAUUUGGAGACCCCUGCUUUAACAUCCCUCUCCUAAUGUAAGGCACAGAGGAGGAAUUGUUCCCUCUGUGUUGUAUUUCCUAAAGUGAAGCUGAAAAUGAAAGCCUUACAGUAACUCUGUAAGAAAAGCUUUUUAAAAGGGGUAUUGCUUUAUUAUAUUAGAAAGCUACCUGCUGGUUUUUGUUUUGUUUUUUUUUAAGCCAGGAACGGGGGCUGAGGGAAUAGCCACAAUAACGUGCUGGCCUUCUUUCAGAGUUCUUGGUAGAAUGAAACAGCAGCUCUGUUUUAAGUGUUUUUCCAUUUGUUGUUAUGUUAUUAAUUGCACCAGGGAUAAUAAAGGUAGACUGUCAAACUGGA